AAAAAAGUAGAUCCGCGACCGCGCGCAUGCAGCACGCAAGGAUAACACAGCGAUAUCAUACACUGCGGCUGAGUUACAACCCCCCCACGAGUCGGUAGAAGAUAAACGAACGUCGAAACGCUUCGUGGCUGCCAAGUCUACGCGACCUGGCCGACCCGAUGUUUGGAAGAUAAGAGGGUCUGUUCUAUCCCAGGAACCUCCCUAUCUCAAUUGAUCAUAGAGGAUGUACUGACGAUGGGCGAUCACAAUAUCUCCAUAAUAUUUUCUCGUGGCUGGGUUUGCGUUGCUCAUUGAUCGUUGUGUAUAUUAACUCCCUUUAGUCGUCUUAGAAAAUUGGUUCUGUAGUUCUCAAGAUAUUCCAUUCUGCCACUACCAUUUUUGUUUGCAUUCUUGCGUUGCAUAGCCAGAAACCACCUUGAUUCAUCUAGUACCGCAGGACCAGGACGUCCCCUAUCAGCUCAAAUACCCAAAAAUUCAACCAGUCACUACAUAAUCAGACACCAUGAAGAACUUCGGCGCCAUCCUUUUCUUCCUAGCCACCGCUGGCUCUUUCGUCGCGGGCACACCAACAUUCCACAACGAGAGGAGAUCGCUUCUAUCAACGCCCGUGGAUAUCACAGCCAGAGCACUAGAGCUAGUACCCAGAAUUAGGGUAAACAGCAGAGCCUCGAACGAAACCGAGAAUGCCGCUCGAUCUUUAGAGGCAAGAAACCACGCAAACUCAACUGAAACCGCUGCAGAGAACAAGGCUCGCGCUCUUCUGUUUGCGCGAAACCAUGCGAACGCUAACUCUUCAGACGAGAAUGCGGCUCGAUCUUUGGUUGCACGAGCAGAUAUGAACUGCACCGAUGCUGAGAAUGAGAAGCGAUCAUCCUCCCCCAAACUUAGGAGAGGAAUCAUUGGAGCGCGCUCGCACACGAACGAGACCGAAGACGCUUAAAUGUCGAAUUAUCUGAUUGAAAUAGACUGGUGACGAGCAACUAGGUCUAAACGUGGAAACAAUGAGACAAGACGGAAGAAGGCGACAACGCCGCCCG